AUGCUUAUUGCUUUGGCGUGUGAAGCCGCCUGUGUUCCAGUGGUCGUCGUAACCCAAACCUUCAAAUUUUUCGACAAGGUACUCAGCCACGGCAACGUUUCGCUCAUGGGCCGCGAAGACAUCGAAAUUGUACCCUGCCAACUCGCCCCGAUGAUCAUCACUGAGAUAGGGCCCGUCCCUUCGACCUCGGCGCCAGCUAUCUUGCGAGCCAAAUCUCUCGAAAGCAAUGAU